AUGAAUUUUUUUGAUGCUCUACCUUCCUAUUUAGAGAAGAUUAAUUAGAAAUAAUACAGAUAAGAAAUGGUACCUGAAUGGUUGAGAUUAUAUUUGGAUUAUGAAACCCUUGAACAUUUGAUGAUUGUAGGAGCAGAAUUACGUCACAAAAAAAAUAGUCUAAGGGAUGUGAAUCCUAUUAAGUAUUAAGAGUUAGUUUAAAAUUAAGAAAUAAAAAAUAAAAUAGAGAAAGACAAAUCUUCAUUUUUAUUAGUCUUGGAAUAAGAAUUAUAAAAAAUAGAAUCAUUUAUUCUCUAUAAGUAUUAAGAUUUAUUAUGCAAAUUACAAUAAUUACAAGAGCAAAUAAAAUUAAUGUAGUUAUAAGAUAAACUUCAUAAAAGUAAAAUAGAAUGUUUAAAGCAAUAAUUUUAUGAACUUUAUAAGUAAGAAUUAUAAUUUUAAUCAUUUAUUUUAUUGCAUAUAAAAAUUAUGUAAUAACUCUAAUAUGAAAUUUAAUAUUGUUUUAAGAUUGAUAUUUUAAUAAAAGACAGAGCAAUACUUGAACAAUUAAAUUAUAAAUUGGAUGAUGAUAAGUCUAAAAUUCAUUAAUUGUUAAGUUUUAAUUUUUAUUUGUAUGAUCCAGAUACAUGCAGAAAGAAUUUAUAAAAAUAUUCAAUUAAGAAAAAGACAGGAUCUAAAAACAUAUAUUUAUUUGGAUUAUUUUUUGGCAUAAGUAUUGUGAUAGUAACUAUAUUAUUAUUGAUGAGAUUGGAAGGUAUGUUAGACCCUGAAAAUGAAGCAUUGUUUUCUCCAAUAUUUCCUUCAAUUAGAGGAGGUGGAUUAUUAUUAAUUUAUUAUUGGUUAUUGACUUUGGAUUAAUAUAUAUGGAUUAAAUAUUAAAUUAAUUACAAACUUUAUUUAGGAUUUAACCAUCACUUUUCAACAUUAACUGAAGUCAUAAAAAGAGUAAGUUUCUUAAGUACUAUAUUUUUACUUUUGUUUUUAAUUACUUGUAUCUAAGUAGAAGAAAUAGCUUUUAAAGAUUAUAGGCAUGUAAUAAAGAUACUUCCACUUCUUUUUUGGAUAAUAUUUUUUGGUUAUUUAUUAAUUCCGACAAUAAAAAAAUUCAAUGGAUAAGGUAGGAGAUGGAUGUAUAGAAUGUUAAAAGGAGCAUUAUUCACUCAUUUUAUAAGCUAUGAUGCAAGGUAUACUUUUGUUUUAGAUUAAUUUGUAUCUCUAUUUUCACCAAUAAGAGAUCUGGAAUACACAGUAUGUUAUUAUUCGAUUGAUGUAAUUGUGUUUAAUUAAUUAAGUUAUUCAAUGAUAAUAAAGAGAUAAUACAUUAUAAGGAAUGUGAAUAAGGAUAGAGAAUAGUAGCAGAUAUAUGUUUAGCAGUUGUAUUUUCUCUAAAAUGUUUACAUUGCUUAACUUUAGCUAAAAAAAAUGGUAAAUUUAUCAACACUUUGGAAAUGUGGAAUUUUCUUAAAAAUUUACUUGCUGUAUCUGUUGGUAUUGUUGGAUGUUUGAAUAAAUUUGAUAAAAGUGAUGCUAUUUUAUGGAUAAUUCUGGCUUGUACUUUCACAAUUUUAUAAUAAUAUUGGGAAAUAAAAAAUGAUUGGUUAUUUUUAUAGCCAGAUUCUAAAUAUAAAUUUUUAAGAAGUGAUUUAGCUUUUAUUAAUCCACAUUUUUAUUAUUUUCUCAUUAUAUUAAAUAUGAUUGUAAUUUCAGCUUGGGCCUUUACAAUUAGUCCUUAAAUGUAUUUAUAUUUAAAGGUUCCUAAUUAAUAAUUAUUCAUUCUGAUUGUUGGAAUUAUGGAAUUAACAAGAAGUAAUAUAGUAUUAUAAUAUUAUUUAGGAUUUAUUCAUAAUUUGAUUAAAGUUGAAAAAGAACAUGUACUUAAUCUCAGACGAUUUAGAUCAUCAAAAGAUUUAGUAUACCCUUUUGAAUAGAAAGGAGAAAUAACUGCAAAAAUUCGAUAAUCUAAUGCUUACAAUGUCUCAGUGCUUGAAUUUUAAAGAUUAUCUUAAGAAUUUACGAGAAAUACUUAAAUGAAUUUAAAUAAAUAAGAGAUUGAGAUGCUGUUAUAAUAACCAUAUGAUUAAUAAAUAAUGAAGAUGAAUAGUUCAAUAGAUAGAAAAAAUAUCAGAUAGCAAUUAUAAACAGAAUAUUAUAUAAAAUUGAUUAAUUAGCAUUCGUGA